AGUGGCGCUGCGGUGCUGCAGGAGGACCACAUUGCCAAAGGUGCACACGCGGACAGAAUCAACAGAAAACCGCGUUAAAAACGGGAUUUUCUCGCGUCGCCGCGUGUCUGAACGAUGAGCAGCGGUACUGAUCAACACGCAACGACUACCGAGGCCGUGGCUCCGCCCGAGAGCUGGGAGAAGGCCGAUUCUGCAGGCGCACCGAUCGCCGCCACGACUCAACCCAUCGACGAGACACCGUCCAGCUUCAGUCUGAACGUGAAUGCUGCCGUGUUCGUACCCUCCUGGAUGCCGAACUCCGCCCCCUCAGAACCCUCAGCAGGCACCCCGGACAGCCCUGCCAAAACCCCAAGUGACAAAAGUAGCCCAGACGCAGUCACCCUUGCCCUAGCAAUGGAAGAACCACCUGGAUCCACCUCCCCUACAAAACAACCACCUGAUGGAUCUUCUUCGAAGGCCUCGACCCCAGAAGAUGGACAAUCCAUUGCAGUAGCCAUGGCGGCGCUUGAAGUAAAUGAGCCACCUGCGGCUGAUAGUUGGGAAGAGGCUGCAGAUGGGGAUGAACUUGGGGAGGAAGAUGUUGAAGAAGAGGAAGAGGAGCUUAUUGUGAAGCCCAAAAAAAGGCCAGCAAAAGCUGAGGAGACCAAAAGCAAAAAGGAACACAUCAACGUUGUCUUCAUUGGUCAUGUUGAUGCUGGAAAGAGUACGAUUGGAGGACAAAUCAUGUACCUGACUGGCAUGGUUGAAAAGAGAACCCUCGAAAAGUACGAGAGAGAAGCCAAGGAGAAGAACAGAGAAACUUGGUACCUCUCGUGGGCGCUCGACACAAACCUGGAAGAACGAGAGAAAGGCAAGACAGUGGAGGUGGGCCGUGCUUACUUUGAAACAGAUGGCAAACACUUCACCAUUCUUGAUGCGCCGGGCCACAAGAGUUUUGUGCCCAACAUGAUCGGCGGCGCCGCACAAGCCGACCUUGCCGUCCUCGUCAUUUCUGCCAGAAAAGGAGAGUUUGAAACUGGCUUCGACCGAGGUGGCCAAACUAGAGAGCAUGCUAUGCUGGCCAAAACUGCAGGUGUCCGGCAUUUGGUUGUCCUUAUCAAUAAAAUGGAUGAUCCUACAGUAGAGUGGUCGGAAGAAAGAUAUAAUGAAUGCAGAGACAAGUUGAUGCCCUACCUUAAAAAACUUGGUUUUAAUCCUCAAAAGGACCUCACAUUCAUGCCUUGCUCUGGACUCACUGGUCUGGGCCUUAAAGAGAAAAUAGAUGAAAAGCUUUGCCCUUGGUACAGAGGGGAAGCCUUUAUUCCAUACAUCGACCAGUUGCCGUCAUUAGGUCGUACUAGUGAGGGGCCUUUUAUGAUGCCAGUAGUUGACAAAUAUAAGGACAUGGGUACUGUAGUUAUGGGAAAGGUUGAGUCUGGUGAAGCCAAGAAAGGUCAAAGUCUUCUUCUUAUGCCUAAUAGGACACCAGUGAUAGUAGACCAGUUGUGGUCUGACGAUGAAGAAGUCACGUCAGUUAGCUCGGGAGAAAAUGUCAAGAUUAAGUUGAAAGGAAUUGAAGAAGAGGAUGUGUCUCCAGGAUUUGUGCUCUGUGAUGCCAAUAAUCCUACCAAAACUGGGCGUAUCUUUGAUGCUCAAGUAGUUAUUUUGGAGCACAAGAGCAUUAUUUGUGCAGGUUACUCGGCGGUCAUGCACAUCCAUUGCGUAGCUGAAGAAGUGACAGUCAAGGCUCUGAUUUGCUUGGUUGACAAGAAGACUGGGGACAAGUCCAAAACGCGGCCACGUUUUGUCAAGCAGGAUCAAGUGGUGAUCAUGAGGCUAGAGUGUGCUGGUGUCAUAUGCCUCGAGCCCUUCAAACUGUUCCCUCAAAUGGGCAGAUUCACUCUUCGAGACGAAGGCAAGACCAUCGCUAUCGGCAAGGUGCUCAAGGUGAUAGAGUAAAUAAGUGUCAAUGAAUGCAGCAGCAGAGUGCCUCUCUUUCUGUCAUGCCCAAAGGACUCAUUUAAAAAGAAUACUAAAACUUAAGAGAAAAAGUGUGGUGGCGGCCAUGUAGCUAAAUUGCAGAGAUCCUGCUUUUCAGUGAAUUUGCGCAUUGGCUGGCCAAACACCAUGAACAUGGCAAUUAAUAGUUGAUUUUGCAAAUGACAAAUGGUGUCACUAUUUUUAAUUGGUACUGAAUAAGUAGCUAAGCUUUGGUUACCCAUACUUUGUUGGUUGAUACUUUGCCUUAGUUUCAUAUUUUCAGUUGUGCCCAAAAUCAAAUUGUAAGGGUUGCUUGGUCAUAAAUUGGAUGUAAAAUCGCAAAAACUCGGCUGGACCCAGGUCUGCUAUGUGGACCCUGUAAUGCGGUUUGCAUCCAAUCGAAGAAGCACCCUUAACUUAAGUAACCACCUCCUAAGAAGUGUAAAAGACCGUGGAGAUGGAAUGAUUAAAUUUCAAAGUGCUUUACUAGGAGAGCAGUGCUUUUUUAAACAAGAUUAAUGAAGCAAGGCACUUUUCUUGGACUGUUUUGGCCAUAAUGUCGAUUUGGAAGUGUCCCCUUUGUCCUUAUGAACCUUUCACACUUUUACUUGUUGCUUCUUGCAAUUUCGAAUACUUAUAAAUUGGAUCCGAGUUACGCCUCGUCAUGUGCAAGUCUUCAUCAUCACGAUCUGAACCUCUCUUAUGGAAAAUCAUCAUUGCCUGUUUAUUGCUCUGUUUGAUUAUUAAAUUAGUUUUCUAACCCUUCCUGUACGCUGCCCACUUAUCCACUUUUAAAAAUACCGCUAUUCGCAUCUUUGUAAUUAGUUUUUCCUUUUUGUAUCCGGUCAUUAAUUUCUAUGAUAAUAAAAAUGGAGAGGUAUUGUUAUUGAUAAUAAUAAAGCUACACAGCAUAAACUUGACAAGA